AUGGGAAAGAAGCAACAUCAAUCCGACAAGCUCUACCUAACACAUUCUGAAUGGAAAGCAAUUGGAGGGCACAAAGAUGACACCGGAACACGCCUGCAAAGAGCACAAUUCAAAAGAUUGCCAAUAAAUCAUUGCUCAUUGUCGCUGAUCCCGUUUGAAGAUCCAGUUUGCGCGAGAUCUGGCGAAAUCUUUGAUCUAUCGCAUAUUUUACCAUAUAUCAAAAAAUAUGGGAAAAAUCCAUGUACUGGGAAACCUUUGGCUUCCAAGGAUUUGGUUCAUUUGAAAUUUGACAAAGAUGCCGAAGGCAAAUUCAGAUGUCCAGUGACUUUUCGGCAAUUUACUGAUUUUUCACAUAUUUUGGCGAUUGCUACAACUGGAAAUGUUUAUUCAUCAGAAGCGAUUCAGGAAUUGAAUCUGAAACGGAAUCAUUUGAAGGAUUUGCUCAACGAUGUUCCGUUUUUACGCACUGAUAUUAUCGAUUUGCAAGAUCCCAAUAAUUUGGAGAAAUUUAAUAUGGAACAAUUCCAUCAUGUCAAAUUGGACCUCAAAACAUCGGAAGAGUUGAAAAAAGAAAAAGAGGCGAUGAAAAAUCCGAGUUUUUUCAUUCGAAAAAUGAAUAAUGAGUGUAAAGAGGCGUUGGAGCAAUUGAAUAAGGAAUAUGUGCCGAAAAUGAGGGAGGGAGAAGCGGAUGAGACUGCGGAUACGUUGAAUGCAGCGCAUUUUAGGUGAGAUUUUGGGCUCGGGAGGGUUUUUUGGGCCGAAAAUCGGAAUUUUUGACGAAAAUUGGACUUAGAAACAUGUUUCUAGGCUGAAAAAUCGAUUUUUGGACCAAAAUUAGGCCUAAAAGUCGAUUUUCAAGCGGAAAAUCGGAAUUUCUGACCAAAAUCAGGCCUAAAAGUUGAUUUUCAAGCCGAAAAUCAGUUUCUGGGCCAAAAUUAGGCCUAUAAGUCGAUUUUCAAUUGGAAAAUCGGUUUCUGGGCCAAAAUUAGGCCUAAAGAAGAUUUCUGGACCAAAAAAACCCUGAAGUUGAUUUCUGGACCAGAAUUAAGCCUAAAACCUGGUUUUAGGCUGAAAAAUCGAUUUUUAGAGCAAAAUUAGACUGGUUUUUUUGGCUACAGUGAGAUUUUCACUUUGAGACCCAAAAAAUCAUGAAAAACUUCAAUUUUUAUGUAAAAAUAUUCAAAAAUCACCCAAAAUAAACCCAAAUUCAAUUUUUCAGUCAAGGAAAAGUCGCUCAAGGCUUCACCUCAACAAUAAUGGCACCCGUCACCAAUAAUAAGGCGGCUGUUUUGAACGAUGAUAUUGUCAGAUAUAAACGGGUGCAGAAAAAUGGAUUUGUGCGAAUUGUCACCAAUUUUGGACCGCUGAAUUUGGAAUUGUGAGAUUUUCGGGGUUUUUGGCGGGAAAAUGAGCCGAAAUUUGUGAAAAAUGAGCAAUUUUGAGCCCUGGAGCUUGAAAAUCUGAAAAUUUUGGAAUUUUCAAGCAUUGCUCAUGUUAAACUUGAAAAAUCCGAAAUUUUGUGGGUAAAUUUGUGAAAAUUGAGCAAUUUCGAACCCUGAAGCUUGAAAAUCUGAAAAUUUUGGAAUUUUCGAGCAUUGCUCAUGUUAAAAAUCCGAAUUCCAUCAAAUUUGGAAUCAAAACCCAUGAAAAUCCCAAAUUUUCCCUAUUCAUAAAAAAAAUGAAAAUUUGAAUUUUUCAACAAAACGGGAGAAGUUCAAUGGAGCGCAUUUGCUGUUUUUAUUCAAUUUUUGGCGAAAAAUCGUGAUUUUCAUGCUCCUGGGCUCAUUUUUCAUGGUUUUUGGAUCAAAAUGGAGCAUUUUGAGCAUUGCUCAUGUUAAAAUUCCCCAAUUUUCUUACAGAUAUUGUCAAAAAGUGCCGAAAACCUGCGAGAAUUUCAUCUCUCUCUGCUCGCGCGGCUACUACAACAAUACAAAAUUCCACCGGCUCAUCAAAAAUUUCAUGCUCCAAGGCGGCGAUCCGACGGGAACUGGACAUGGUGGAGAAUCCACGUGGCAGAAGCCAUUCGAAGACGAAUUUGUGUCGGGAUUAUCGCAUGACGCGCGUGGUGUGCUUUCGAUGGCAAAUAAAGGGUCAAAUACGAAUGGCAGUCAAUUGUGAGUGGUUUUAAUGGAAAAAUUGGAAAAUUUUGAGCAUUUUGAGCCCGAAUAUGGUCUUGACACGAAAACUUUGGGUUACUGUAGCGUAAUUUUGACACCAAAUCGCUUCGAGACCCAAAAAAUCGCGAAAUUUUGUGGGUCUCGAAGCGAUUUGGGCUCAAAAUGCUCCAAAUUUCAAGGUACAGUAACCCGCAGCAUGUGGGGUAUCAAAUGGACGCAAAUUUUCGUGUCAAGACCAUUUCCGGGCUCAAAUUCCACGUGGCAACCACCUACAGUACCCCCGGAAUUUUUGCAGUUUCCUCACAUUUCGCCCCUGCAAAUAUUUGGAUCGAAAACACACGAUUUUCGGGCGAUUAGUUGGUGGCCAAGAGACAUUAACAGCAAUUGAGAAGGUCGAAACGGAAGAGGGAACUGAUGUGCCAAAAAUGGUACGUUUUUUUGGGUCUCGACACGAAAUUACGGUAUUUUUGAGUCCAAAUAUGAUUAUGUUCCUUCAAAUUUGGAGAUUACGGUAUUUUUGACUCUAAAUAUGACAAUGUUCCUUUAAAUUUGGGUCUCGAAACGAAAAUACGGUAUUUUUGCGUCCAAACAUGACUAUGUUCCUUUGAAUUUGAAGAUUACGGUAUUUUUUACUCCAAACAUGACUAUGUUCCUUUAAAUUUGAAGAUUACGGUAUUUUUGAAUGUAAAUAUGACAAUGUGCCUUUAAAUUUUUGAAAAUACGGUAUUUUUGAAAAAAAUAUGAAUAUGUUCCUUUAAAAUGGGUCUCGACACGAGAUUACGGUAUUUUUGAGUCCAAACAUGACUAUGUUCCUUUAAAUUUGAAGAUUACUGUAUUUUUAGAUUUUAAAAGGAACAUAGUGUUAUAUAUACCUUAAAAAUACAGUAAUCUUUAAUUUUAAAGGAACAUAGUCAUAUUUAUAUUCAAAAAUACCGUAUUUUCAACAUUUAAAGGAAGUUAACAUUAUUUAUAUUCAAAAAUACCGUAAUCUCGUGUCGAGACCCAAUUUAAAGGAACAUGACGUGGCAAUUUCAAAAAAUUCCGAAUUUUCAGCCAGUAAUGUUCAUGCGAGCCGAAGUUUUUGUCGAUCCAUUCGAAGAAGCGCAAAAAGAAGUCGACGCGGAACGAGCGGAACUCUUGCGGAAAAAGAAGGCCGCGGAACCUUGCGCGUCGGCGGAAAAUGCCGCGCGCAAACCAGUGGCACAAGGAACCGGCGUCGGAAAAUAUAUGAAAAGUGUGGCGGAAAAGCGGAAAGGUGCGGAAAAAGCGGCGAAAUUCGAGGAAAAUGUGCCGAUUGAGAGGAAAAAAGUGAAAAUUGUCAAAAGUGGUCUGGGCGAUUUUUCAAAGUGGUGA